AUGGAGGAGAAAGCCAGAGUGAUAUUAGCUCUGCGCUUGAUGCCACGGCAGUGCGGCCGAGACGUUGCCACUGCCAUGCUUCGCAAGCAGGCCCGGAGCUGUGCACAGGGAGCCAAAAGCAGGUCGGGCAGGUGGCCGUGGGGGCAGCCAGGAAGCGGAGAGCUGAGCCGGCUGAGCCUGAACAUGUCCUUGACCGCUCUCAGAGAUGCCGGCGACGUCGACUCUAUACUCUCCGUAGUGAACUUGCAGUGUCGCCAGCGACUCUUGCCCGAUCGAGUAAGCUACAAUAUUACUCUCAGUGCCCUCGAGCGCUCCUCGCGUUGGCAAGCGGCUAUCCGCAUCUUUCAGCGGAUGCGGGGAGAGGCGUCUCCCAAUUUGAUAUCUUUCAACACCUUGCUGAGCUCCCUGGCUCGGGGCCAAAAGUGGCAGUCGGUUUUAGACCUCCUAAGUUUCGACGGUGCGCUCGUGUGCCUUCGCAGGGCACGGAUAAGUCCUGAUGCCAUCAGCAUCGGUACCGCCAUCGCUGCCUGCGCUCGUGCAAUCCGCUGGCCGGUGGCAUUAAUUCUGCUGGGUCAGCUAAACAGAUUUGAGGAGAAGAUCACAGUUACCGCUCGCCGGGCGGCCGUGACAUCGGCGCUGUGGGCAUGUGGAACUGCCUCUCGGUGGCAGCAGGGGCUGCACCUGCUGCAUCCGAUGAUGCGAAAUUCACAAGCUGAUGCUUCCUUGAUGGGAGCCGCAGUCAGCGCCUGUGCUUUUGGCCAAGCCUGGGAGCUGGCAAUCGCCUUCCUGGCAGUGGCUGAGCAUCGGAGCCUGAGCAACGUUGCAGUGCGCCGCUCGGCGAUUGCUGCCUGCGAGUUGGAGAACUGGCCAACAGCACUGCUGCUGCUGGCGUUCCUGCAGAAAUCUGGUCCUGACCCGGCGGGCGUCAGCUCAGCGAUCUCAGCUGCAGCAAAGGCUGCCAGGUGGGAGCUAGCACUCUCCCUGGUGCAGAUGCCAUCACUCCCCUCCCCGGGCCUGCAUGCUGCAGUUCAGGCUUUGGCACAAGCUGUAAGGUGGGCAGAGAGCUUGGAGCUGGUCCGAGAAAUGCGCAGCUAUCCCAGUGGCCUUUCGACAGCUGCCACGGUCGCCGUGGCCCAGCUUCACUCCCUCUUCUCGCGACUGGUGCGACGAUUUCGCAGCGCAGCUUUUCGGAACUGGCAUGUGGCAAGAGGCACCGCUGCCGAGGACGAACACUUGGGGAAUCUGAUGGAUGCGAUGGACCUAGCAUCGUUCAACGGGGCCUCCGACAUUCCAACUUUGCUGGCUUACAGCUGCCUUUUGGCCGUGCAGCGCACCGAACCCUUGGAAAUCAGCCAGCUACAUGCGGGUCCCUGCCUCGUGCGCUCCGCCAUUGAUCUGAACUUGAACUUUCCUGUCGAGCACUCUGCUUUCGCCCGCUCCGCUCGUCGCGAGGUCAUCGAGGUAUUUGCCAGCGCUGGUCUCCUUGCGGGAGAUGCGUCCGCCAGUUCCCUGCUCGUUUGGCUGGCGUUCGAGGUCAGUAUCUCCUCGGAACCUCGCACUGCUCGGUCUGUCGGACCAGGAGAAACCAUGUUUUGCUUUGAAGUAUGUCUGCAUGCUCUCAAGUAG